CCUUUCGCCGCCUUCAAUUCCCGACGUCUAGCUGAACCCGCCAAACCCAUGCAGCCACCAACUGGGUCAAUAAAGUGAGCGAGCUAUUUGAGUGGGAGUGGGAGCAAGUGAGCGAGUUGGCGAAGGAGGGAGCGAGGCGAGCGAGGAUGGGAAGAGCGCCGUGCUGCGAGAAGGUGGGGUUGAGGAGAGGGCGGUGGACGGCGGAGGAGGACGCCGUCCUGAUGAACUACAUCAAGGCCAACGGCGAGGGUUACUGGAGGUCCUUGCCCAAGAAUGCAGGGUUGCUGAGGUGCGGGAAGAGUUGCAGGCUGAGGUGGGUGAACUACUUAAGGACAGACCUGAAGAGAGGAAACAUCUCCAAGGUGGAGGAGACUGUCAUCAUCAAGCUGCAUGCCUCUCUGGGUAACAGGUGGUCUCUCAUAGCCAGCCACUUGCCAGGAAGAACAGACAACGAGAUCAAGAAUUAUUGGAACUCGCACUUAAGCAGAAAAAUCGACACUUUUCGAAGACCGUCCAACGACGAGCCGCUGCCUUUGGCGACGGACCUCGUCAAAGUCAGCCCCCCCAAGAGGAAAGGGAGGACAAGCAGGUGGGCAAUGAAGAAGAACAAGAACUUGCUCCCGCCGAAGAGAAACCCUAAUAAAGUAACCAAUGCUCAUUCCGACGUGCCUUUGUCGCCCGCCAUGCCACCGGCGGAGAGAGAGAGAUUGUCCGCCACCAAGGCCGGUGCCGAGGAUAAGGAAACUACGGUUAGGGAGAGUUUGGCCAGUACUAAUGUUGGUAUUGUUCCUUAUUCCCUCGGAGAGGACGGUGCGACGUCGCCAUCAUCGUCCAACGACCCGAGCAAUCCAUUAAUGCUGAGCCCAAGUGGGGGGAGAGAGGGCGAGAUGAUUCUAGGACCAUUGGCAGGCAUUGAUGAGGAAUUGUCGUGGAGCUUUGAUGACAUGGUGUACUCGGCCCUGCCUCUUGAAUCAAGUGGGGUCAUGGACAUGAGCAUCGAGAGAAGCGGGGAUCAUGAGGAGGCCAGGGCAGUGGGGUCGGGGCUGGAGAGAGAGAGCAGGAUCACCCUUGGAUCGUCGUCGUCAACGACGACGAGCGGGGACAAAGAUCGGAUCGGCGGCGACUGGUUCUCUUGUGUGGAGGAUGAUAGUGGGAACUGGGAUUGGGAGAACCAGAUUAUUCUGGGGCACGGGAAUGAUCAGGCGGCGGGGGAGAGGGCUGGCCAGGAGAUGCUGACGUGGCUUUGGGAGAGUGACGUGGGAGAGUGGGAAAGUCAAAGCCUUGGGGAGGUUGAACGGGAGAAGCAAAACGCCAUGGUGGCUUGGCUGCUUUCUUAGGGCGAGCCUAAUUAGGACGUUAACUUAGGUCACUAUUUUUUUGGCUACAAAAUUGGCGUGUUCACAAAGAGAAGAGGACCCAAAAAAAGAAGAAGAAGCAAGAAGUGGUGGGAUCAAGGUCUACGUGUGGAAAUGUUCCUUCUCUUGUAACCUAGUUAGUAGGAAGUGGUAAUUAGCAUGCGUUUGGUUUUCUUCGUUAAUGUCUAUUUUUUUUUUCUUUUGGAUUGGCCUAAAUCAGCAUGUUCAUUUCUUGAUGGUGUUUUAA